CCGUACUCGUACAUUAUCGUCUGGUAACAUAUCUGUGUUCAAGACCUGUGCGCGACCCCUCUUUCCUUUCUCUCCUCAAAAACCAAUUCUUCAUUGUAGCCACCAAACAACGAACCCCAAAAUGAUCGAUCUCGGCCUCAAGAGGAUUGCAAGACUGGUACGGGAUCAUGGAAAGUUCUCCUGGAGAGCGAUUCAUGUCGCGGGAACAAACGGGAAAGGAUCCGUAUGUGCCUACAUCUCCUCCUGCCUCGAGUCUUCGGGCAUUCCAAGUGCACGAUUCACCUCGCCGCAUCUAGUCGACCGCCGGGACUGCAUAACCGUCAACGGCGCCCUGGUCAACGAGGAACUCUUCUUGGCGGCCGAAGCCGCGGUCAAGCAGAAGAACGCGCAAGAGAAAAUUGGCGCGUCCGAGUUCGAGAUCCUGACGGCGACCGCGUUCGAGAUAUUCUCGCGGGAGAGAGUUGACCUCGCCGUUAUCGAGGUGGGCAUCGGUGGCCGAUUAGAUGCAACGAAUGUGAUCAAGUCGCCCAUCGCGGCCGUCAUCACGAAGAUCGGAUUGGAUCAUCAAGCCUUCUUGGGAUCCUCGCUUGAGGAGAUUGCCGGGGAGAAGGGCGGGGUGAUUAAAGCCGGGAGUAGGUGUAUAGUGGAUGGGACAAAUGAGGAGAGAGUGCUUUCGGUGCUUGGGAAGAUGGCAGAGGAAGCGGGGGUGGAGAGCUUUCAUGCUGUUCGUCCGGAAAUGGUUGGUGAAAAGGGAGGAGUUGACGGGAGAAUCUGCGAAAUCACGACAGAGGCAUUUGGAAGACAGAGGUUUGAGGGGUUCCUCAAGGGGAAUUACCAGCCGGCGAAUCUGUCCUGCGCUGUUCAUGUGCUUUCUUACCUUUCCAUGGAGUACCCAUCAAUCACUGCGUCAACGGUUCUUGCCGGCGUGAGGAAUACAAGCUGGCCUGGGAGGAUGGACACGAUAGACCUAUCAUGUCUGUUCCCCGGGCAGGAAAGACGGGUUCUCCUCGACGGGGCACAUAAUAUCCAGGCGGCGCUUGCCUUGUCAGACUACGUUACUAAAGAGCUACGGACUGGGGGCAGGUUUGUGUCCUGGAACAUCGCUGCAUCGAAAGGGAAGGAUGUCAAGGAGAUGUUGGGGAUUUUGCUGCGGCCUGGAGAUAAAGUUGUGGCCGUCGAGUUUGGACCCGUGGAUGGAAUGCCAUGGGUGACGGCGACGAGCACGGGGGACAUCAUUGGCGCGGUGAGGGAGGCAUUCGGAGAGGAGAUUGAAGCUGUUGAUGGAGGGAAGGAUGUGCUUGGGGGAGUGAAGGCGGCAUUGGAGCUUGCUGGCGAUGAGGGGCGUACGGUUGUUGCAGGGAGCUUGUAAGUAUCUUGGAAAGGUCGGGAGCUGGGUACUGAUCAUGGGGAAUAGGUAUCUUGCGGGAGAUUUGAUACGGCUGCUGAGGAGUAUUGGGGGGGAAGGUGAAUGAUAGCAAAAUCGUGGUGGAUUUAGGUUCUCUUUGGGGCUCGUUUCGUGCUUGGACGGUCAUAAAUAUUAAUGAAAUCAGUUUUCUCUGUAA